AUGGACGACGACGCAACUAGGAUGAGGAGAUUCUUCUCCACGCUUGAAGAACGAUUCUGCACCCUGGAGACGAAAUUCUCGGCUUACGUCGAGGCAGCUUCUGUUCACGGCUCGCCCCGUGAGUUCGAGCUCGCUUUAUUGCAGCUGCCUUUACGGACGGUCUCUCAGACCCUCGAUCAACAGGCAUUGAUCCUUGAGGAAGCCCUGGAAGUGGCUGAAGCCGCCUUCAAUCCAUUUGAAGAGUCUGUGCGUCAACAGCACAUGCGAUCGGACUUCGAGGCACCGCAGCCUGAAGUCGGGAAAAGUCAUCAGACUUUGGAGAAGCAGAUUCGAGAAAAGGACAUACAGAUUGCUGAGCUAGAGUUGAACCUCAAGCGAGCUGCUGAGCAGCUCAAGACGAAGAGCUCAGGAUGUCGAUCACUGGAUCGCGCCCCCAGGCAAGCGGCUCAUACGCUUCAGCAAGAGCAGGACACCACAGUCCACGUACAGACAGAUUCUGACGCAACUCAUAGCCAGAAUGCGGCAAAGGACAAGACAGUCCACUUUCAGUCGAGAUCUGAUGCUACUGAUGAUUCAGAGAGCGGCGAGAGACACUCAUACGCUGUGAGGGACACUCAGUCCAUCUACCAGCACAACAUAAUGCUACUGAUGAUUCAGAGAGUGGCGAGAGACGCUCUGUCUUCGUCCAACACCGGACACAACAUGAUGCUACUGAUCACUCAGUACGUUGUGAGGGACACUCAGUCCAUCUGCCAUCCCGAAGUGACGCUACUGAUGAUUCAGGGCACGACGAAGGACAUUCAGUCCAACACUGGAUACAGCUGCGCGACGACAGACACCCAGUCCAACACCGGAUACAACACGAUGCUACUGAUCCCUCAGUGCAUUGCAAAGGACAUUCAGUCCAGCGUGAGAUACGAUCUGAUGAUCAUGACCGAAGCAUACGAUGAAAAGGCAGCAGCCUAUAACCAGCUGGACGCACGUCUCAAGACGAAGUCAGACCAGCUCCGCGAGAAGACUGCUGAAUGCGUUGAGCUGAAGUCAACAGUUGCGCAUGCGCUAGCGACUGCUCGCGACUUCAGCAUGUUACAUCAAGUGGAGGCGCAAUCAAGAAUCGCAGCUGAACAACGGCUGCUGAACAGAGUCGACCGACUUGCGGAGAGACUUGCCGACACAACACGAUCACCUCCUCUGGUCAAUGAGGGCAUGGUCGCUGCCAGUGUCAACACAGCUGAUGCUGUGCCUGCAGGCAUCUUGAUGCACACUGCUGGCCAGGACAUACGAUUACCCGGAGCCCAUCACACAGGUGACACCCACGAAAAUAGAGGUCCUUUCCCUGAAAGCACCGCCCACAGUGCUGCCCUGCUAGCCAAGCAGGUCGGAAGAAGCACGAGCGUUCAACUUCAAGCCACCCAGGCCCGUACCACCACAGCCGUGGAGACAACGCAGGAUAUCCCUGCAUCAGGAGGCACAGAUCUCGUCGUUGAGCCACAGCUAGGACAUAAGAGACUUCUCACAGGUUCAGACCAAGACCAUCGUGGCAGUAAGAGGCAACGAGCUGCUACCCACACAUUUCGGCAUGGGAGCAGUGCUAAUUAUGCGUCUCGAGACGAAUUUUCUGGUGAUAUUGAGGGCCAUGGAGCUUUCAAUCGCGCAGGGCCAAGCAGUCCAGCCGGACCGAAUGAGCUCGUCCGCCAAUCGCGGCAAAACGCUCGUAUGUCUUCCUCGUCGCCACCUGCGGCCAAUGAUGAUCAUCAUUCCUUUCGGGAUGACAGUCCAGGAUUGCAUCCAGAGGAUGAGCUCCCUGGCGACAUUCCACUAGAUCCACUGGAUGCUGAAUAUCGCGUCUGGAUUCAUCAAUUCAACGUCGACAGUUUCAGAAUCACAGACGCGGAAGCAGACUGGAUGCGUAAGCAAUUCCUACGUUGGCUCCGUGUUGGAGAGCGAACCUUCGCUGGUCUCACCAAAGAGAUCGAUGUACACGCAUUCGGUCCACCGACGAAGGUGAGACGCAAGAACGCCAAGAUCUGCUUGUGGCUCAUUUGA